AUAGAAAUCAAAAUAGUGAUCAAAGCAAAGGGAAAGGGUUCAUCCUCACCAGUCACCAAUGGGGUCUCACCUUUCCAAACAACUCGAGCGGCGAAAAGCCAUCUCCACGGAGAAGAAAGCCCUCACCGAUCUCGAGAAAUCUUGCGGCUGCGAGUUUCCUGGCUGUGAUUACAUGCCUUCCGAUCGUAAAAACUGGAUGUCCGGCGUUGGACCUGAAAAGCUUCACAUCAACAAGAUCGUCUGGCCAGGCACGCACGACUCCGCCACCAACAAAAUCGGUAUCCGAUUCGUGUCUCGUCCCUUUGCUCAGUGCCAAUCUCUCUCCAUCUAUAACCAGCUCGUGGCUGGUACUCGAGUUCUUGACAUUCGUGUCCAAGAAGAUCGCCGUGUCUGCCACGGUAUCCUCAAGACUUAUAGCGUCGACGUUGUCUUAGCCGAUCUCAAACGGUUUCUAUCCGAAACAGAGUCCGAGAUUGUCAUUCUUGAGAUCAGAACAGAGUUUGGACACGAAGAUCCUCCGGAGUUCGAUAAGUAUCUUGUGGAACAGCUUGGAGAGCAUCUGAUUCACCAGGACGAUCACGUGUUCGCCAAGACAGUCGCUGAGCUGCUUCCCAAGAGAGUGAUCUGCGUUUGGAAACCGAGGGAAUCGCCUCAGCCUAAGCAUGGCGAUCCGCUGUGGAGUGCCGGUUACCUGAAAGACAAUUGGAUCGACACGGAUCUUCCAUCGACCAAAUUCGAGAGCAACAUCAAGCAUUUGAGCCAGCAGCAACCGGCUACUUCCAGGAAAUUCUUCUACCGGGUGGAGAACACUGUGACGCCGCAGCCUGAUAACCCGAUAAUGUGUGUAAAACCGGUGACUAAGAGGAUCCAUUGCUACGCCAAGGUGUUCAUCAUCGAGUGUGUAAAGAGAGGAUGUGCUGACAGGCUGCAGAUAUUCUCAACGGAUUUCAUAGAUAAAGAAUUUGUUGAUGCUUGCGUUGGGCUCACAUUUGCGAGAGCUGAAGGCAAGGCCUGAGGAAUGAGCGUGUAGAGACAGACUUUGUAUAUCUGUUUUAAAGGAAAAGAAUCAGAACAUGGCUGCUGUGUUGUUAGGAAUCCUUGUGUAUGAAAACACGUCAGUGUGUGUGAUUUAAGGGUGUAUAUUCAUAUACAUUACUAAAUAUUUGAUUCAAUU